GUCGGUGACCAGCUUAAUUCGGAAUCAUCUUCCAAUAACAACACGUAAAAUUUGAAAGAAUGUCUAUCCACAAAGUUAUAUUCCUUACGGCUAUUUUCUUGGUUUAUUUAACUAAUGUUAUCUCAGCGGAAUGCAACCAUGGCGAGUUGUAUCCAAAUCCAUUCGACUGUGAAUCGUUUUAUCAGUGUUCUCACGGUGUUUUAUACAAGAUCAUGUGUCGAGAUGGAACUCAUUUCAAUCCAAAUAUAGGCGUUUGUGAUCAUCCAGAAAAUGCCGGUUGUGAACAAAUAACAUCGGAACCACCAACAUCGGAACAACCAACUGAACCAACUACAUCGGAACCUACUUCUACAACUCCGAAUUGGACUACACCUACAUGGACUACUCCGAAUUUCACCUUUCCUACAUGGACCACACCUACUUGGUCAACUCCAAAUUUUACUAUGCCUACAUGGACUACUCCAACUUUUACUACGCCUACAUGGACUACUCCGAAUUUUACCUCACCUACAUGGACGACUCCGAAUUGGACUUCACCUACAUGGACCACUCCAAAUUGGACCUUGCCUACAUGGACGACUCCGAAUUGGACUUCACCUACAUGGACGACUCCGAAUUGGACCUCGCCUACAUGGACGACUCCGAAUUGGACUUCACCUACAUGGACGACUCCGAAUUGGACCUCGCCUACAUGGACCACACCUACUUGGUCGACUCCGAAUUGGACAAUGCCUACAUGGACCACACCUACUUGGUCGACUCCGAAUUGGACAAUGCCUACAUGGACUACGCCAACUCCAACUACUCAAACACCCCCUACAAAUUGGACACUUCCAGGCAACUGGACAUUGCCGCCCCACUGGACAUUACCGUCAAACUGGACUUGGCCGCCACAAUGGACAUUGCCGUCAAACUGGACUUUGCCACCUCAUUGGACCACAACUGAAGCUACAACAACGACAAGGCGAACUAGACCAACUACUACCACAACUGAAGCUACAACAACAACAAGACGAACUAGACCAACUGCUACAACAACUGAAGCCACAACAACAACAAGACGAACUAGACCAACUGCUACCACAACUGAAGCUACAACAACAACAAGACGAACUAGACCAACUGCUACCACAACUGAAGCUACAACAACGACAAGGCGAACCAGACCAACUACUACCACAACUGAAACUACAACAACGACAAGGCGAACCAGACCAACCACUGCAAGAAGAACAACUACACCCUAUGACGGGUCAGAUUCCGAUUAUUCAGCAUAGGCUUCAUUUUCACAUAAAUAUUAUGUAAUCUUAUAUGCCUCGUCUUCACCCCUUUACUAUUUUCUGCGCAGAGAGGCCCGAAGAACUUUAAACAAUUAAAAGAUUUAUUUAUUUCAUUUUCUGUUUUGUGUGAUAUUCAAGUUCCAAAUACUUACUUAUCGUUGUGAUACAGUUAAUAACAAUUGUGUUGAUGAUUAUUACAAGCAAUUUUAUUAUCUCAACUAAAAGUUCAUUAAUCAUCGUAAGAUAAAAGUAAACUGAUUUU